CCCCAGUUGCCUUUGCCUAGUGCCCCAAUCCGGUUAGUCUAGGACUAGUUAGUGGGUUGGAAAUAUUAGUGCGAGCUGUUCAACUUUGAUGUUUACUUUUCUCAGACCUUCUAUUUUCCAAUCUUGCAACCAUGACUUAUCAGCUGAGUGCUUCCUACUGUUCUAGAUACAACAAGCCCAAGCCACCAUUACCUUACUUUCCUGGGCAAGAAUUUUGCAUCCACCCUCAUACUCCUCCUUCUCCUGCAACAGGUGAGGUUGUCCUAUCAUAUGAGGGGCAUCGGGAGAGGGAAACUAUGCAUCCUGUGGAUCGUUGCAUACUUCAUCCUCCAUUGCCUGGAUUGACUGGAAAGGGCACUAUUCGACUAAAGGUUGUUGAACCUAUUAGAAUAGGAGAUCAACACAGUGCUCAACUUGUUACUGUCCACAUGGUCAAUAAGACUCUAGAUAUAUCAGACUCAAUACCAACUGAUAAGAGUCUAGUCGCUAAGCUCUACGAUCCCCUUUACUUUGACCAUGAACAGGAUGAUGUGGAUCCUUUUCACUAUACAGACCUAGCAUAUUCUCAUGAAACCGCAGCCUACCGACUGCUUUAUCCACUUGAAGGAACUAUCAUUCCAAGAUAUUAUGGGUCGUUUACACUUGAACUGCCAAUUCCAAAUAAAAGAAUUUCGCGAUCUAUUCGGUUAAUCCUUAUUGAAAAAGUACCUGGGAUCUCAAUGCAACAUCUCAAUCCAAUCAACUAUACACAGUCAGAGUGUCAAAAUAUUUUGAAGGCAAUUGUUGAUGCAGAAUCUAUGCUGUAUGCUCAUGAUAUAUUACAUAGAGAUAUACACCCGAGGAAUGUUCUUGUGCUGGAUAGCACUCUUCGGCGUGUGGUACUCAUUGACUUCGGAUAUUGUGGGAUUGGUCGAACUCCUUCAAACAGCCCUGCUGAGUGGAAAGCAAAACACCUUCCUGGUGUCCCUAUAUCCCCUUUGCUGCGCUGGGAUCAGGGUUGGGGCCAUCAUGCGAAUUUUCAUGAAUGGAUUGACUGGGACUGGCAAACUUGGCUUGAGCACUGUUAUGAAUUCACAAGAGCAUCCAUAACAGAACACAUGCGAUCAAUUUGGCUGCCAAAAGUACCACCUAUAUCACCGCCUCCACGUCCAUCCGCAUCAGUGUUUUCCCCUGCAUCUCUACCGUCCUCCGGUUCCUAGAAUUCCGAUGUACCCUUCUUUAUCAACUAAAACAAGAAGAGCAAAUAAGCAGAUGGCUGUGGUUUGGGCUUGAAUAUCGAUGCAUGCGUUUUGCCCAACUUUCUAUGGUUUAUGUGACUUUUUUUUACAGGGGCCCGGUGGUGCCACCUUCAUUUUUGGAUAACUGUAGAGGAUCACAGCACCUCAUUAUAAAUCAAACCCACGUUCCAAGUGCGCGUCCUCCCAUCUUGAUGGCCACUCUCCCCGCCAACCUGCCCAUGAAGCGGGCGGAAUUCGAGAUGCCACCGGCACAGAUCCAUUUCCUUGUGAAGCUUCUGAUUUGGCCCUCCUCGGACGCCCUGGAAGACUCCUCUGCCAAAUAUAAAUUUGGACCAGACAACCUGAGUCAAUACUGUGUCAUUCAGUGCCAUUUGUUAAGUCUCCCAACGACCCCGAAGGCCUUACGUUCGCUGUAUUUCGUUGUCAGUCAUCCUCAUAUGCGUUGUAGGUGGUUAGUUGUCUGGCUUGGGCCCUCCGUUCAAACAAUAUAGUACCGUUCACAGCACACCGGUUUUUGGCGAACUAGAAGGGAAAAGGCUGUGCGAAUAUAGAACAUAUUGUAGUAUAUUUAUGUGGAUUUAAAAAGUCCCACGCCACGUGUGUGAAGUUCCAGAGUUAUGCGAAGAAACUCCGAUCAUUAUUAUGCUAUUCUUGUGUUAUCUUCUUCUAUGAUCCCUGGCGGUUGCCAGUCAGAAGUCAGUUGAGAAGGGAAUGAGUCAGUGGCGGCUAGACUGGCCGCCGGGACCAUGAAUUUCACAUUUGGUCUAGACUGACCGUGUGACCGUGUCUGGGACCAGGACCAGAAUAUUUGAUAGUCUCAUUAUCAAUUCGACUGAUCCCAUUACACAGUUUUAACAUUAGAUAGUAGUUUCAUACUGUCUCAGUGAGACUUACUGUCUACUCUUGUCACAUUUUUCAAAUGAAAUCAUGAUUUUCACUUCUCAA